AUGGAUGGUUCUGAACAGCAUAUUGACAAAAAACCAAGAAUAAGCAUGUCAAGCGAAAGUACAAAUCCAUCACAAGAGUCAAAAAAGGACAAUCUUUUCACCUCGGUUGGAGAGCAAGCCCAGAAUAUCGAUGAUAAUGCAGUUAGACAAACCGGUAUAGCCGAUGCUGAAGGUCACCCAGUCCAAGAGGUAGAGUCAUUAUGUAUGAAUUGUCAUAAAAAUGGUACAACGAGGAUGUUAUUAACGAGAAUUCCCUAUUUUAGAGAAAUCAUUAUUAUGUCAUUCGAAUGUCCUCAUUGCGGCUUCAAAAACAGUGAAAUCCAACCAGCUGCACAGAUUGCCGAAAAGGGCUCAAGGUACGUUUUCAAAGUUGAAGAUAAGAAGGAUUUCAAUAGACAGGUUGUUAAAUCGGAAACUGCUACUGUCAAGUUCCAUGAGCUAGAUAUUGAAAUACCUCCAAAGAGAGGCCAAUUGAUUAAUGUCGAAGGUAUUUUACAAGAAAUGAUUACAGACUUGGAAUCAGAUCAACAAGAAAGGAAAAAAUUACAUCCAGAACUAUAUGAACAAAUUGGCAAUGUUAUAACUAAAAUAAAUCUGUACCUCAAUGCUGAGCCAGGAACUCUACCAUUAACAGUAAGUAUCGAUGACCCUGCUGGGAACUCCUGGAUUGAGUAUAUACCUGGUGAAGCAUCUCACAAAUGGGCAAUGUAUGAAUACACUAGAACUCCGGAGCAGAAUGUUUAUUUGGGACUAAUCUCGGCAGACGAAUUUGCUCAACACCAGCAAGAGGUUGCUAAAAAUAGUAAGCAGCAACCGUCGACUGAGAAACCCACAACCUCAACUUCAAAUAAUCCAAAAUCUACUGGAUUCCUAUCCGAUGCAACUGAUAUUGAGAAUUUCGAAAACGAGGUGCAAACUUUUGCAGCAACUUGUUCCUCUUGCUACAAACCUUGCGAAACGCACAUGAAAAGUGUCAAUAUUCCGCAUUUCAAAGAUGUGAUAUUGAUGUCCACAGUAUGUGAUCACUGCGGCUAUAAAUCUAAUGAGGUGAAAACAGGAGGUGAAAUCCCAGCAAAGGGGAGAAAGAUAACCCUCAAAGUCAAUGAUCCAGAAGAUUUGAAACGAGAUAUACUUAAAUCAGAAAGUUGUGGAAUGCAUAUUCCUGAACUAAAUUUAGAUUUAACUCCUGGAACUUUGGGUGGAAGAUUUACUACCAUUGAAGGUUUGUUAACUCAAGUUUCACAAGAGUUAAACAAUCGUGUAUUUAGUCAAACAUCAGAUUCAAUGGAUGAUGAAACUAAACAACGCUGGGCAGAGUUUUUUGCCAAAUUACAGAGUGCAAUUGAUGGGAAGAUUGGGUUUACAAUUGUUAUGGAAGAUCCAAUAGCCGCGUCAUAUAUUCAAAAUGUGUAUGCUCCUGAUAAGGAUCCAAAUAUGACAAUUGAGGAGUUUGAAAGGACGUUUGAACAAAAUGAAGACUUGGGACUAAAUGAUAUUAAAACAGACUAA